GAUCAUGCCUUUAAUAAGGUUGACUUUCUGGCUUAGAUUCAGCAGCAACAUUUUCUACUCUUUGUUGAAAUCAUGACUUAAUUCUAUCAUAGCUGAUUCCUUUAUGCCACUUCCAUUUUCAUCAAAGCUAUAAACUUCACAUUAAGAGACAGAAAACUUGUAUACUCCCAAAAACAAAUAAAUAAAACAAAAGUAAACUAGUAACCACCACUAUUUCCAGUGAAUAUUUCUUAAGAACAAAAGCAUAUGAAUGAUCCAUUCUGAGGCAAAGGUAUGAGCAACCAUUCAAAAGUGACUGAGUUUAUUCUUCUGGGAUUCAGCAAUCAUCCAGAGCUACAAUCUCUUCUUUUCAUGAUGUUUCUAGUCAUCUAUAUUAUCACUGUGUUGGGAAAUCUUGGCAUGAUCCUAUUAAUCAAGAUUGACUCACGUCUUCACACUCCAAUGUACUUUUUUCUCAGUAACUUGUCCCUUGUUGACUUCUGUUAUUCUUCUGUUAUUGCCCCUAAUAUGCUGGUGAAUUUCUGGGUGGAGAAUCCAGUCAUUUCAUUUAAUGAAUGUGCCACACAGUUCUUCUUUUUUGGUUCCUUUGCUGGUAUUGAAGGGUUCCUGUUGGCCGUGAUGGCCUAUGACCGGUAUGUGGCCAUCUGCAAGCCUCUUCUCUACACAGUUACUAUGUCUCCCCGUCUUAAUGUCCUUCUGGUGUUGGCCACGUAUCUUGCAGGCUUUAUAAAUGCUUCCAUUCACACUGGCUUCACCUUCCAACUGUCUUUCUGCCAUUCAAACGUCAUCAAUCACUUUUUCUGUGACACUCCACCCCUCCUGAAACUCUCUUGCUCUGACACACAUAUCAAUGAGGUUGUCAUUUUUGCUUUCGCCAGUUUUAAUGAGUUGAGCUGCCUUCUGACUAUUCUCAUUUCUUAUCUCUACAUCCUCAUUGCCAUCUUGAGGAUCCAUUCUGCCGAGGGAAGGCACAAAGCCUUCUCUACCUGUGCAUCCCACUUGAUGGUGGUUACCAUCUUCUUUGGCACAAUCCUGUUCAUGUAUCUGCGUCCCAGCUCCAGCUACUCAAUGGAUCAAGACAAAGUGGUGUCUGUGUUUUAUACAGUGGUCAUCCCCAUGUUAAAUCCUCUCAUCUAUAGUCUUAGAAACAAGGAGGUCAAAGCUUCUUUAGGAAAAAUUUUUAAAACAACCUCUUUUCACUUCUGUACUUAGAAUCACAAAGCAUGGGAUGUUAGCACACUGAGAGAACACAAAAAUAACCAAGUUUACCUUCAUUCACCCUGGCUCCAUUGCAUUCUACGAUGAAGUUUAUUUUAUUUUUUUCUGAUAGUGGACCAAAUGUCCCAGGCAUCAUGGGGAACGUGAUUAUUCUGUAUAAAUUCCACUUAUUUCACUGAAUCUAUGUGCUUGAAAAUAACCCAAUGUCCCUACUCAGAGGUGUAAAGCCCAGUAAAAAUGUAGGUGGGACAAAGAAAGAUUGAGUGGUGGGAGGAAUGACUCCAUUUUUGUCUUUGUUUGUUGACUAUAAUUAGAUGGUGGUGUUUGUAACUCAAGAGAACAGGUGAUAAGGAGUAGGCCAAGCCAGAAUAUGAUCAGAGAACUAAAACCAGGCUUAGUGACUGCCUCUUAUCCCUAACAAACCAGAGAACAAUACCAGAACUUAAUCCCAAUAUAGGUGCCAAAGUCAAGCGUUUUUAACCUGGACAAGUAAUCUAGACUGCUGAGGGAAUAAUGGGAACAAGUUGCUGUGUAAAUAUAAGGGGGAAUCACAGAACAAGAAAUAAAGUUGAUGGAGCAGAAGUUUCUGGGACUUAGCAGAGACAUUCUUUGUAAUUCUUGAAGACACAGUGUCAUGUUGUUUGAUCUUUGAAUGAGUAAGCAGUUUAAGUUUAAAGAGCUAGGGCAAGUUGGACAUUCUUUCCCUAAUGCCUUAGCAAAUAACAACACACAUAUUUAUUUGACCGCUACUUUCAAUUUAAUUGGCACAAAUUUAAAGCUUUCAGUUGGUCUAACUGGUAUUUUCAUAACUGGGUUAUCUCCCCAGUAGGACUAGAUUUUCUUACAGAAAAUGACCACAGACAUGUCAACGGAAAAUGUUUUAAACUGUGCGGGAUUGGGUUUAAUAUGCUAGGUGUGAUCCUAGCAUAACCCUUUGUCAUCGAAAGACUAGUGUAUCCUAGUGUAAAAGCAGCCACUUAAAAAAGACCAAGUAAUAAUUUUGCUUUCAGAUACUGCCUAUGAUUUUUGAUAAGAUCUAAACAUUUAACCUUCCCUUAUUCUGCUUUUCAGACAUUGAAUAUUAAAAACAUAUUUUUGGUUAUCAAAUGGUUCUUGUUCACCUCAUUAUUUUUUCAGGAGACCUUCUCAUAUUUUAAGACACAACACAUGUAGUAUCUCCUCUAUGAUUCCCCUGACCCUCUGUUGUCCCUCCCAAAGCAGACCCACGCCCAUUUCUGUGAUUUUAGAGAUAUUGCAACUUUAAUCAAGUUCUUACAGAAAAAUAAUGAAAUACAUUGUAAUGUUUCCUGACAUAGAUAAAGCUCUUUAAGAAAAAAAAGUUUUUAUAUUUACCUUCAUAUCUCCAUGGCUCUGAAAUAAACCAUCAAUAAAAGUUUUAAAAUUAAGAAAGGGUCAUUGCAGUUUAAGGUGCAGGGUGCUGGAAGACAAACUGUUGCUUCUGGCAUCUGAAAUGUAGACUAUCCAGUAACCACAAUUUUAAAAAGUCAGUGUUAGAAAACUUUUGGAUCUGUUUGAUAAUGUUUUAUUCUUUU